UAGAACGUUCAUACGGCCCUUAUAUUAAAGGGUCUGUAUUUGUAGCCAUUCACUGCACUGUUGUCUCUCAGACUUUAGUUUCAGUAAAACUCCUUAUUUCGCUCGAAAGAAUGUCAUGUAAAUGGUACGUUAUUCCAGCGUGCUAACAAAAAAAAACCCUGAAACACAGUCGUAUUCCGGGCACGGUAUAUCUCACCUUGCUGCUAGCCUUUGAUCUGUACUUGCUUGUUCUCAUAGCUUUGCACCUCUAGCAUGAGACCAGAUUUGUGUGUGUUGAAAACUCAGACCACACCAGAUUUCAACGUUUUCAUUUGUAGGACCUGUAUGCACACUGUAAAUAUAUCUCUAUUUUCUCUAUAACUAUAGAAUAAGUGUCAAAAUGUAGUGUAUUUAUUUUCAGAGCUAAAGGGGAACACAGGUGACAUUCAAAAACUGCGGAACAAAAUCAUGGAAGUGUUGAGACAGGAACCAUACAUGCAUAUGGGGGAGAAAAUUCCAGACAGAUGGUUUCAGUUUGAAAAGGUGAUUGAAGCUUUGAUAGCUCAACAGAUUUACCACAGACAUCUAAAGCAACUCCAAAGCUAUGCCAAAAAGCAUUGCUUUAUAGAAGAUGCAGAUGAGUUUGAUGGUAUGAUCAGUUUCUACCAUGGCCUGGGUAUGAUUAUCAAACAUCGCAGUACAGUUGUUCUGAAGGCUCAGUGGCUAAUUGACCUAUUGAAGCAGCUGAUAACCAUUCCGCACUCAAACAAAAUGGAUCCUGUACAUUACAAUUACUGGUGGGAACUAGAGGAAAAUGGCAUCCUCUGCAUGGAACUUGUUGAUGAUGUCUUUUCCAAGUUUAUUCAACAAGGCAUUAUCAAAGAUGACAUCUUGGACAUGAUGGAGCAGUUUGGUUUGAUCGCCAAGUUCUCACCAUCUCCAAGUGAUGUAAAGUAUUUUGUACCAGCUCAACUGAAGACACCUCCUAAGGACCUUUGUCAAAUGGCACCAUCUCACGCUGAUCCUUGUCCUUUGUAUAUUCAUUUUGUACAUGGCUUUGUCCCUCAUGGUCUGUGUACGCUCAUCACGCUCAAAAUGCCUUCAGACGAAAGAAACAGAGCCAGCAACGCCACAUCCAGAGAGUAUCUCAGCAAUACCAGUAUCUCAAAACCGUUUUCCCACGGAUACCAUGAAGGCGAGAUUUAUUUGGAAGAGAGUCUUCCUCACUACCUGUCAACUUACCUGCUAUUGUUUCUGCCAAAUGACCUCCAGUGCCUGCAUAAAUUGCGUGAUCACGAUGAAAAAUGA